AUGGUUUCUUUCAAGUCUUUAAUCACCUUGGCUAUUGCUGCCACCUCUGUUUCUGCUUUCAACUUGUUACAUGAUGAAGAAGGUUACGCAAUCUUACCUCCAACUGAACUUGUUUUGGACAAAUUAAAGGAAGUUGGUAAAAAAGAAAUCACCACUCAUUACGAUGUUGUUAACACUAUCCUGGAUGAUGGUGAAAUUGUUGCUGUUAAUGUCCACAACCAUGAUGUUAAGAGAUCUGGUAAAUUCAAGAGAGAUUAUGACAACUCUGUUUACUACCAAUACAACAAAAAACAAUUGUUUAUUAGAACUAUUGAAGAUGGUUCUUUGACUCAAUGUUUGAACAAAGAAUUCGAAGCUGAAACCAGUCAAUGUGGUUUUGACUUCAUUGAAUAUAAUGAUGCCACUAGUUGCUCUUCUGAAGCCACUAAAUACAGUUGUCUUUUGGAUGUCAUGAAACAACAAGAUGCUACCUUGAAGUUGAAAGAUAUGGAUGACGUUCCAGCUCAAGUCAGAUGUUACCACAAAUUAAGUGACGCUAGUGCUAAAGAAGUCGUCAACGGUGCUUGUGCUAAAUAA